UUGGCACGAGACCCUCCUGGCGAGCGGAAAGGUCUCAGCAGCGCUCGCGCACUAUCAGCUCAUAUCACUGAGGCGGAUAAAGCGCCGUGUUUUUCUCCGUCUUUCAUCUUUCCUGUCGAUUUAUUUGCAUUUAUUUUCUUUUAAACAGCCUCUUUCCUGUCAGCACGAGUUCCGGGGAACGUCUAACCCGAGGUUUGUUCAGAUAUCCGAGAUAUUUUUUGAGGUUUUUCUUCUGCCAAGUCACCAAGGAUGCGCGCGAGCGCUCUGUCGAAGGAGAUGGUCAACCCAUCAUCCGUUAACGCUCACAGAAGCGCCUUCCACUCUUUCCAGAAUCUUCUUUGUUUAGUUUUGUCGGUGUUUUUGGUCCUAUUUUGUAUCGUCAUAACCUUAAGGACGUCUCACCUGGAGCACAGAAUGCAGUUUCUGGAAAGCGAGCGCUUUUCUGUCCUGAGCUCGGCACCUCCAUCACUGCAGGAGAACCUCUCUCUGUGGGAUGCGAUAGAAAAGCUCAUCCAGAAGAGACUUACGGAGGAAGCGCCUAAACUUCGUACACCAAGGGAAGUAAGUCAAGAGUGCUCUUGCCCACCAGGACCCCCAGGUAGACGUGGAAGAAAAGGGAAUCCUGGAACUCCAGGAACUCCAGGGCGAGAUGGCUACCCGGGUCCUCUGGGUGUGGAUGGUAAGCCUGGUCUUCCUGGUUUGAAAGGCAGUCAGGGGAUGCCAGGCCCAAAAGGAGAUAAGGGUGAUCAGGGAGAUGUGGGGCCCAGGGGUCCUCCAGCACAUGCUGUCUCUGCUGGCCUGCUCAGUAAUCAGAUUCUUACAGUCAAGGGCGAUCAGGGUCAGACUGGGCCUCCGGGUCCCCCAGGGCCUCCUGGACCAUCUGGCCCCAGAGGGCCCCCAGGAAAUAUGGGCAGAGACGGACCCCAGGGCCACCCAGGAGAGCCGGGUCUUCCUGGCAAGGAUGGGAACGAGGGACCAAGAGGACCACCUGGUGUAAAAGGUGAUGUUGGAGAGCCUGGAAUGACUGGACUUCAGGGUUCUCCAGGGCUAAAGGGAGAACAAGGUGAGCCAGGUGUUGAAGGGAAAAGAGGCAUGGAUGGACCACCAGGCAUAAAGGGAGAGAAAGGAGAUGCUGGUUCUCCAGGACUCCAGGGUGCUCCAGGAGUCUCUGAGAACACUGACCUGCCUGGAAGAUUACAAAUUUUGCAGGGCCCACCUGGUCCACCAGGACCUCCUGGAGAACAAGGAGUAAAGGGAGAGAUGGGCUCUCCUGGGAUUCCUGGAUCUGAAGGCAGACAGGGUUCAAAAGGAGAAAGGGGGGAUAGAGGAGAACCUGGGGAGACAGGAGAAAAGGGAGAGAGAGGAGAGAUGGGCCAACCUGGGCCAAUGGGAGUUGAUGGGCAAAAAGGAGAAAAAGGAGACUCCAGGAUUGAGGACAAUCUUGCACAGAUUAUUGCAUUACCAGGUCCUCCAGGACCACCUGGCCCUCAAGGAAUAAUGGGCCAUCAUGGAAUACCUGGCCAAAAGGGGGAGCCAGGUGAGGCAAUGAAAGGAGAGAAGGGGGAUGUUGGAGAGAAAGGUCCACAAGGGUUACGGGGUCUUCAAGGUUAUCCUGGCUCUAAUGGAUUAGUGGGUCUACCAGGUGCAAAAGGUGAAAAGGGAAAACAUGGAGAACCUGGAUUAGAUGGCUUCCCAGGCCUCCGAGGAGACAAGGGUGAUAAAGGCGAACGAGGAGAAAAGGGUGAAAGAGGCUUGCUGGGGAAAAGGGGUCUAAAAGGAGAGAAAGGAGAGCAGGGGCCUCCAGGACUGGAUCAGCCAUGUCCUGUGGACAGGGAUGGACUUCCAAUCCCAGGAUGCUGGCAUAAGUGAUCACAAACCAGAAGCUUUGGAGCCUGUACAUAUUGAUAUAUAUAUUUGAAACUAACUUUUUUUUUAUUAUUUUAUUUUUUACUUUUACCCCCUUUAAUUUUGUAUGUUCUAUUUAAUAUACUGAGACGUUCUUCAAAAAAAAAACCUUUAAUCUCCAUGUGGACUUUUUUUUUAUGUCGCUGCUUUUUCUACAAAGAAUGGCUCUAAUUUGAAGGACUAAAGCAAAGAGAGUUGAUUCGAGGUGAACUAUGGAUUGCACAUGGACUUGUCUAACGAGAGAGAACUCGGAUGCUGGUCUUGACUACGGAAAAGCCACCAAAGUUUGCAUAACAAACAGAAGCAUAAUACCAAACCCAUCUAACAGGCUGUGCAGUGUGACACAUGAUUGCUGAAUUGAACUGUUUUAAGCUGGCUUCGUUUGUCUGAAACACCCAGCUUGUCUUUUUUUUCCCUUUGCUUUCUUUGAAAGGAUAAAUUUUAUCAGAAGGAGACAAAUGCAUGGUGCACAGUUGUGGAAACCGUCCAACCCUGAGGGAACCACCACUGUGCUAGCACAUGGGAUUGAACUCUAAAAAUGUAACUACAUGGGAUAUUGACUGUUGCAUGGAUGACCCCACAGGAAAUACUACUCAUGUCAGAAGAAACCAGUCUCUUUUAACAUCUGAAUAAAAUCUGGAAAAUAAACCAUGAUCAUGUCAGAGAUUGCACUACAGGCGGACGAGAAGUGGAUGAGAUAUUCAACUCAAAACAAUUUUAAAUGUUUCAAUUACUGAUUUAAAGGAAGUGCUUGCCCUUCUCAAUACUUUUUUUGUGUGUAAAUACUAUGUAUAGUCAUUAUCCUCCCUGUCUGUUACCGUUCAUUGUUUAAUAAGAUUGUCCUACUGAUAUGUAUUUUGUGUAUUCCUCUCAACUGUCUUUUAAUACUACAUGUGUACAAUUUGUCAUGCAGUAGGCUUUCUUCUGAUAAUAGCAUGCUGUGUUGUAUUGUUGUACUUAGGGGAAGCCAUGGUGGCCUAAUAGUUAGAGAAGCAGCUUUGAGACCAAUAGGUUACUAGUUUGAUUCCCUGGACCAGCAGGAAUGGCUGAAGUGCCCUUGAGCAAGGCACCUAACCCCAACUGCUCCGGGUAUGUUGUACAUCACCCUGGAUAAAAGCGUCUGCGAAAUGCCAUUAAUGUAUUGCAGUGUUUUGUAUCCAUUCUGGUGAGUAGUUUAUAAUGAUUUAAUUAUUUUUCAGCUUAGUAAAUGUGUUCUGGUUGCAAGAGCUCAAAAGACUCUAAUAUUAAAACAUUAAUUAAUUAAUGUAAUUUCAUUAUUAUAUGAUGGGCUUGUUUUAUAUGCCUUUUAACAGCAAUACUGACAUUGUUUACUUAUAUUCUGAUAGGCUUUUUUUUUGUACAAUUAACACGGGAACACAUCUGAGAGAAACUAAUGAUGAAUUUAUAGUUGAAAAGUACAUUUUAUUAAACUGUUUGUUUAA